AUGACAGCAUUAUCUGUAUAUUCUAAAACGACAAAUUUUUCAAGCAACAGUAAUAGUAGUAAUAGCAGCAGCAGAAGCACGAGUAGUACAGGCAACACCUCUAUAAUAGAGCCAAAUAUAAUGCUAAAACCUGGUGUAAAUAACACUGAAAAUAGUCAACUCGAAGAAAAUAAAAUAAAGGUAACCGCGCCUUCACCGAUAAUGAGGGACAAUCGAAAAAGCGAUUCUAAUGAUAGUAUCAAUACAGAUAGGUUUAAUAAUUCAAAGAAAUCAAAAGUUACACAUAAUAACAAAUCUACAAGCAAUAAUGGCGCUAGCACUUUAAAUAGUACAAAUAACACUAAUACUCCUAUUUGCAAGAAUUGUGGAACAUCAACUACACCUUUAUGGAGAAGGGAUGAAAAUGGUGCAGUUCUGUGUAAUGCUUGUGGUUUGUUUUUGAAACUACAUGGAAGACCUAGACCUAUUAGUUUAAAAACCGAUGUCAUUAGAUCUAGAAAUAGAAAAAGUAAUAGCAAUAAUAGCAACAAUAACAAUACCAAUAACAAUAACAAUAACAAUAACAAUAACAAUAACAAUAACAAUAAUUACAAUAAAGAAAAGUCGCACGGUAGUAAUAAUAAUGGUAAUAUUACAAAAACAAGUAAUAAUAAUGUUAUUUCUCAAGAUGUUAGACCAAAAGGUGUGACUGUGAACAUCUUAAAUAGAGAUAAGAUUAAUGCGAGUCAUACUCUUAUCAAUAAAAGUGACACCAAACAUAGUUUGAAUGUAGAUAGCAAAGAGCAGAAAAGAAAAAGAAAUGAUAGCAAUACUAGUCUUAGUAGUAUAGCAAGUAGUAAUUCGUCAAAUAAUUCGGAAAUUACACAUACGACAACAAAUGCUAUUUCUAAAAGGAGAAAAAUUAAAGAUGAAGGUAAUGUAUCCAACAAUAAAAUGACAGCCAAACAUUUUAAUCCCACUGAUGAAGAACAAGUACAACACAAUGAUGGUAACAACCAUUCUGAACAAAACAUUUUAACCUUUAUUCCAAACGGUAAACCCGGUACGUCUAGUAAUCCUACCAAAAAAAAUAAUAAAAUCACAAAAAUAGACAGUAAUAAUGGUGGUGUGCCAAAAACAUUCCAGCCACAGCAACAACCUUCGUUCCAUAAUUCUAUGUUGCAUGGUGCUUUGGACAAAUUAGCCAGUGUUUCAAAUUCUAUAGCCAACAACGAGCACGCUUAUCCGUCCAUAUUGCCCAAAAAGGCUGUUGCUAAUAACAAUAACAAUAAUAGUAAUAGUAAUAGUAAUAGUAAUAAUAAUAAUAAUAAUAAUAAUAAUAAUAAUAACGGAACUAUUUCUAGUGGUAAUACCAGCACAAAUAAUACGCCUAUAAAUCAUAAUUCCAAUAGCAUUCAAAAUACAGGAAUUGCUUUGCAUCCAACUUUGAGUAACUCAUCCAAUACUUCUUUACCACAUAUCUCUAGUAUUUUGGGAAGUUCUACUGACACUAUUACGAAUAAUGUUUCUGUUUCUUCUACCGCCAAUCAUAAUAACACUUCUGUUUUACGUAAUAAUGGCUCCCCUAAGCUUCUCCCCAAAGAUUUGCAGCCGUCAUCUGUUAGUAAUAAAGGUGAUAAUAAAAGUACCGAUAUUGGCAAUAGUAACCAUCAUUCUAAUGGGAUUACAAAUAAUAGUAAUCAUGUGGCUUCCAUAAAUCAAAUUUUGGGCAGUAAAAAUAUUAGUACUAUAGGUAAUGGCAUGAGUAAAUCAUAUAGCCUGAACCAUUACACUGCUACGCCUACUGAUGGUAUAGCAUCUGCUACUAAUUCGGCUGAUGCUAUAAUCAAUAAUAAUAAAAAUACUUCUUCCUUAAUUUUUAAUGGAGGAUUUUCUACUGGUAACACAAAUAUACAUGCAUAUGCUACAAAUAAUGGUGCUAGUAACGGCGCAAGCCAUAGUCAUAACAGUAAUCAAACAGAUUUGUGUUCCGUAUUGGAAACGCAAGAAGAGAUGAUUAAGCUAAAAACUAGGAUUAAUGAAUUGGAGUUAGUUACUGAUUUAUAUAAAAGACAUAUUUUUGAAUUAGAUUCCAAAUGCAAAAUGUUAGAACACCAAUUAAAUAGUAGAUAG